GCAUUUGCCGGAAGCAGGUGUAAUGACGUCAAAGUUUCGCGCUCUGGGUGACUCCGGAAGAAACUGGAGUCUGCCGUGAACAUGGGGAAACAAAAGAAAGCAAGGAAGUAUGCGACCAUGAAGCGAAUGCUUAGUCUCAGAGAUGAGAGACUCAAAGAAAAGGAUAGAUUAAAACCUAAAAAGAAGGAAAAGAAAGAUCCCAGUGCACUAAAGGAAAGAGAAGUCCCCCAACAUCCUUCCUGCUUAUUCUUCCAAUAUAAUACACAGCUGGGCCCACCUUAUCAUAUCCUGGUUGAUACCAACUUUAUCAACUUUUCCAUCAAAGCUAAAUUGGACUUAGUACAAUCGAUGAUGGACUGUCUGUAUGCCAAGUGUAUCCCUUGUAUAACUGAUUGUGUAAUGGCUGAAAUUGAGAAAUUGGGACAGAAGUAUCGAGUGGCUCUAAGGAUUGCUAAGGAUCCACGAUUUGAACGAUUACCUUGCACACAUAAAGGAACCUAUGCAGAUGACUGCUUAGUGCAAAGAGUAACUCAGCACAAGUGUUACAUUGUGGCCACAGUUGACCGGGACCUUAAACGGAGAAUCCGGAAGAUCCCUGGAGUUCCUAUCAUGUACAUUUCUAACCACAGAUACAACAUUGAGCGGAUGCCAGAUGAUUAUGGAGCCCCUCGGUUCUAAUUCUUACAAGACAAAAGUUCCUCUGCCUUCCCUGGACCAACUUUCUGUUUUCAGUUCACUGAACAUGCUACAGCUUGAAUUAUUAUUCACUUAUUUGCUCUAUUAUCAGCCAAGUAUGGUUAAAUACAUUUACUUUUUUGGCAGGGGGUGGUACUGGGGAUUGAAGUCAGGUCCUUGCGCUUGCAAG